UAUCGUAAAACUGUAAAAAUGAAAAACAAUUUCAAGUUAUUUUCUCGCACUUUGAAAACCUCGACUCAUCACCAGCAUUACACUAGUCUCGAGAUUUUGAAUAGCCAGUCGGAGAAUGAAUCAGACUCGAAGAAGCCAGAGCCAACGCCUCCGCCCUCGACCCCAACGAAGACUCGUCCCUCGUCAGUGACGUCUCCAGUGACUCCUCGAGCUGUUAUCACUAGUCUCCAGUCCCGAGCCCCAACACCCCAGGUAGUGGUAAUGGAAAAACAGGAAUCCUCGAGGGUGAAAAGCCCCCAGGAUUCUCCAGUCUCAACUCCCAGCAAAUUAGGCUCUCACUCCCCAGAGAGUUCUCGAUCAUCUCCAGGUCUUCAUCUCCCAAAACUCCAACCGCAAUCCCCCAAUCCACCUCUUCACCAAAAUUUGGAAAUUAAAUCCCCGGAAAUAAAACUUCCAAAAUUAAUCGAGACCUCAGCAUUAGCGAAUCGCACGUAAUAAAAAUUGAAUUUUAAUGAAUU